GGGAGGGAACAGUCAGACAAGGGAAGCCAGUGUAGACUACGGAACACUCUCGUUUUCGUAAACUUUUAUUUAGAAACAUCAGAGAUGUUGAAUUUGAAGAAAAAAUAAAAUCUGUCUCAUUAUUGGAUAACAUGGUCUGCACCUUGGUGUUGGAAAAUAAAACCCAUUGUUUUCUACGCGCUAUUACGCACAUGACGUAGCCUAGCAGGUGAGUAGCCUAUCAAUUCUUAGGGUCUGACAAGACCAAUUGAAGGACAGGGAUUUUCUUCUUCUCAGCCAGGCUAGGCUGUAUUUUGCCCUUAAGAAGUUGAAAUACUCCCGGAAGAGUUAAACAAGAUGUGUGACAAAAACAGCAAUGUCUCUGGACAUGAAGACGUUAUCAGGUCUGAGACUCAUUUGAACUCUCCAAAGGGCGGAGCAGCAUCACCUCCUGUCAGUAAACACCCAAAUGGUGAUGGAAUGAACUGUACCUCCUCCUCCUCCUCCAACUUUAAAGCGCCAAGCCAGUUUCUCGAAAGCUUGAGUGCGCGACCACUCCCCGGAGCCUUGAGCGUGUCCACACGCAGAUCGAGACUUCAGAGACAGCAGGAGAUAUGUGAACCAGGCAGCGUCUCACAGACUUUAUCAGUGGAGACAUCUACCAAGGGAAGCAUCACACCUGUCAUGCGUAAAAAAUACCUGAAAGAAUUAUUUCUGAAUAACGGUUUGCAUAGCGGCUUUGGUAGUAUCCUGCUGUCUUCAAGAACUUCAUAUGCGUCAUCGGGAGGCUACGAGGAGAAUGAUCCAUCCUAUGCUGAAGGAGGUAAUUACAUUUCAUGGGCUCUUGAUCCUAUGGAGCACGCAUGGAUUUUGUCUGUUGUUGAUGGAAACCUUGAGGCAAUAAUGACCUAUCUCUCUUCGGAUCUGACUCUUCUGACUAGAAAAGACUUUGUCAGCGGUUUCACUGCUCUCCACUGGUUAGCUAAGUAUGGGAAAGAUGAAACGAUCAUUAAACUAUUGAAGUAUGCAGAAGAAGAGGGCUGUCAUGUAGACGUCAACUUGAAAGGUAGCGGGGGUCUAACGCCACUUCAUGUGGCUGCUAUGCACAGUCAGUUUAUGGUGGUGAAAAUCUUAGUCGGAGCUUUUGGUGCAAAAAUCGAUAUCAUGGACUACAAUGGACGGAGAGCGUGGCAAUAUCUUAAGUGCAACGCCCCGAUAGAGAUGAAGGAGCUACUGGGAGCCUGGGAUGACGAGCACGCAAGCGUUGGGGGCCAAAACGCGAACAACAACAGCUCGGGAGCAGCAGAGGUGAUAAAUAAUGCAACUAGCAAGGAGGAGGAACCAAUGGAUACUUUUGACAGGAGAAAUGGUGGCUGGCGGUUCGGAUCCUUCAAAAAGUUUUUUUCUCCGCUUUUCGUUUUUGUUAAUAAAGAUAAGGCAGACUGACAUGAGGGGUGGUGGCUGUAAAUCCAAAUGUGAGAGGUUUUAUAUUGAUACAUUUUGAAACAUUAAAGAUUAAGCUCAAUCAUUACAAAUA